CGAUCGACUUUUAUUUUGAAGGUUGCCCACCAAGUUGCAGCCGAACCGGAUGUUGCUCUUUCAGCGACAUGCCGUCCAAAGUCCGUAGAAACAGCGGAGUCACUUUCUUUGUGUGAGGAAGUUUGUGUUGUGAUCCGUCAGAGCCUCUGUGUGUCCGGAUAAACCUGUCUGAAUGGACUUUGUGCUGUUCACCUUUUCUUUCUGGAUGUUUUACCUCUGACUCAUCUCCCGGUAGACUACAAAGACAUUCAAGUUAGCUUAGAAUGCUAGCUGGUUAGCACCGCGGCUCUAGUCAGAGUGACUGUUGGAGAGCAAACUGUGUUUCUGACGGAGUUUGUGUGGAGAAAAAGUUGGUGUCACUGUGUGAAAAAUGUCUAAAGUCCAAACGGUGAGAGCGCUGGUGGAGCAGCGACUGACUGCGGCUGCUGAAGAGAUAUUUGGGCUGUUUGAAAGAACGAUAGCAGAGUACGAGGAGCAACUUUGUCGUUCAGAAGAGAAGAACGAGCGACAACAGAAACUACUGGACGCUGUUUUCAACCCUCGGCUUCACUUACACAGAGCAGCAGAUGUUCAGCAGCUGUCAGUGAGUGAAGAAGAGUUUCCCUCUGAGCAGCAGGAGAGGAGCUGCAGUCUGGACCAGGACCAGGACCAGGAGGAGCCAGAGCUCCCACACAUUAAAGAGGAAAAGGAGGAACCUUGGACCAGUCAGGAGGGAGAGCAGCUUCAGGGACUCACAUUCACUCCUGUCCCUGUGAAGAGUGAAGAAGAUGAAGAGAAACCUCAAUCCUCACAGCUUUAUCAAACACAAACUGAACAGAUGGAAACAGAAGCUGGUGGAGAGGACUGUGGAGGACCAGAACCAGACAGGAACUCUGAUCCAGAUCCACAUUUGCAACCUGAUACUGAGGAUGAGUCUGCAGACUCUUCUGAACCUGAGACUGAUGACAGUGGUGAUUGGAAGGAGACCAGAGAACCUCAGUCAGGUUUGAACUGUUUGAAAAAAGAUGGCGGCCCUGUCAGAGAUUCCAGAUUUAUUGCUGGUGAGAAACGAUUUUGCUGCUCUGAGUGUGGGAAAAGAUUUGGCGACAAGUGCGAUCUGAGGAGACACAUGAGACUCCACACAGGAGAGAAACCUUUCAGCUGCUCAGUUUGUAAGAAAACUUUUACACGGAGGGGACAUUUAAGGUCACACGUGAGAAUCCACACAGGAGAGAAACCUUUCAUCUGCUCAGUUUGUAAGAAAACUUUUACACGGAGUGGACAUUUAAAGUCACACAUGAGAAUCCACACAGGAGAGAAACCUUUCAGCUGCUCAGUUUGUAAGAAAACUUUUACACGGAGUGGAACUUUAAAGUUACACAUGAGACUCCACACAGGAGAAAGACCUUUCAGCUGCUCAGUUUGUAAGAACACUUUUAGACAGCGUGCACACUUAAAUGCACACAUGAGAGUCCACAAAUGAGAGAAAGCUUUCAUAAAUGUGCUGGCCGCUCAUCCUCAAAGUUUCAUCAAACUGAGGAGAACAAAGAGACAGAGCCUCCAGCCAGACUCGAUAAACUAUUUCAAGUCUCCUUUAAAUGCUUUAAAGCUUGUUUUAACUUUUAUAAAUAUUUAUUGUGUGUAUGAAAUUUACCUACAAUAUAAUUAAACAACACUUUCUUUCCAUGAUGUGAUAUAUUAAUUUACUUUCUGAUCAUUUUUGUUUUGUUUUACAAAACGAAAGUUCACAAAUUGUUAUUUAAAUUCAUUAUUUGAUUGCAGAAGUGUAACAAUAACAACUUUUUUUUCUACCGGCAAAACAAAAUAAAAACAUUCUUGGUUGACCAAA